AUUUGAGAGGGUGGACUCGCUUCCGGAAGCUGUCAGCUGUGAACACCGUAUUAACUGCAAUGAGUUUUGAGUGGCCCUGGCAGUACAAUUUCCCACCGUUUUUUACGUUACAGCCCAAUGUUGACACGAGACAGAAACAGCUGGCAGCAUGGUGCUCCCUGGCUCUGUCGUACUGCCGGCAUCACAAGCUCUACACCCUGGACGUCAUGGAGGCUCAGGAAAGCCCCGUGUUCAACAACAAAAAGAUAGAACGAAAACUGUCAAUGGAAGCAAUUCAAGUUGUGUUUGAGGAACUGAGGAAAAAAGGCAACCUCGAAUGGUUGGACAAAAACAAGUCCCGAUGUUUAGUCAUGUGGAGACGACCGGAGGAAUGGGGCAAGUUAAUAUACCAGUGGGUUUCCAAAAACGGGAUGGUCAACUCUGUGUUUACACUUUAUGAGUUGUCCAACGGUGAUGACACAGAAGGUGAAGAGUUCCAUGGUCUAGAAGACUGGAUGCUCCUUCGCUCAUUGCAGGCUUUACAAGCAGAAGGGAAAGCGGAGAUCAUCACCAUGGAUGACGGCAAGGGCGUCAAGUUCUUUUGAAACGGUGCUGGGAUCACACACACACUGUCUGGGAGCCCUCAUACUGUACCUUACAGGCAUAUUUUUAAGGUUUAGCCAUUUAAGGCUACACAAGGUGCACCUCAGUGCCCAGCCCAGAGGAUGCUGGUCCAGUAAAUGUUGUUGCCUUUCGGUUCGCCCAGUUUCAAAGCCUUUUCUUAUUGGAAAAGAACCAAUAUCAUUUAUAAGUGUUUAGGGAAAAGAGCAUUUGAGGUGGCAUUGUGUUGUCACAGGCAACAUUUGUUGCCAUUUAAACAUGCAAUCUAUCAGGGGACUAAAUACUAUCAUGUCUGAAAACUUUAGGGGAAAAUCUCUCCCCACCAGCUGUAACUUUACUCUCUAUUGUAAAUAAAACUAGUUUUAUGCACAUUUUCCCUGUUAACAAAUUCACAUGGUAUAAUUAGCUCUGGACCAUUGCUUGGCUGUUGUUCCUCUGUUCCAACCAGACCUCUCAAAGAAAUCCCAGAACGCAACACCAGAGGGACUUUUUAUUUUGAGAAUAAAUGCUUCCAGAAGAGGAACUCCAGAGAGACUUGGACCGCCAAUCCUGGCUCAACUCAGCUGAGUGUAAUAAUAGUGGACUUCAUGUACAGAUUACUGUCAUCCUAUUAUUGUGCAGUAGCUACUGUGACACUCUUGUUAUCCACUCUCUCCCUCUCUCUGUCUAUAGUCAACUUCUUUUUUCAUAUCCUGUAGGAGAAUAAAUUAGAAAUUUGCUAA